AUGGCGUGCGCGGGGCUGCUCACCGUGUGCCUGCUCCGGUCCCCCGCUCCCGAGCGCCCGAAGCCCCCUGCUCCCGCGCCCGCCGGACACGCGCUGUUUCAGGACGUUUUCCGAAGAGCAGACAAGAAUGAUGAUGGUAAACUGUCCUUUGAGGAAUUCCAGAAUUACUUUGCUGAUGGAGUUCUCAGCACAGAGGAGCUGCAGGAACUGUUCAGCGGCAUCGAUGGGAAUCCAACUGACAACUUGGAAACAGAGAAACUGUGUGACUACUUCUCAGAACACCUGGGGGUCUACCGGCCUGUGCUGGCCGCAUUAGAGUCAUUGAACCGAGCAGUGCUCACUGCUAUGGACACUACCAAAAUGGAGUACGAGCAGGCCUCCAAGGUGGACCAGUUUGUGACACGCUUCUUGCUUCGGGAGACAGUGAGCCAGUUACAAGCCCUGCAGAACUCUCUGGAGGGAGCAUCUGAGACCCUGGAGGCCCAGGCCCGUGGCCCGAGGCUGGAUGAAGAGAGUGUGGAGGUGCAGAGCAGGCCUUGGGGCAGCCGCCGGGCAGGGCGGAAGGCCCUGAGGAGCAUCAGCCGAUCACCCACUUGGUCUGGCUCCUCUGACACAGGGCGGAGCUCAGAGGCCGAGACGCAGUGGCGGCUCCAGGUCAACCGUCUGCAGGAGCUCAUCGACCAGCUCGAGUGCAAGGCCCCUCGGCUGGAGCCCCUGCACGAAGAGAAGCUAGCCAAAGGCUCUGACUCGAACAUUCUCAUGGUCCAGCGGCAGGUCCAGGUGGCAGAAGCGGCCCUGCAGGACUUCCAUCGUGCCCUGUGCUGCUAUGUGGACUUCACAGGAGCACAGAGCCAGUGCCUUCAUGUGUCUGCACAGAAGACACAGGAAAAUGGCUCCUUCACUCUGUACGAGUUCUGGCGGGAUGAGACCUCCUGGAGAAGGCACCAGCAGUCAGCCUGUAGCAAGGCCUUCCAGCGCAUCCUCAUUGACCACCUGCAGGCUCCGGACACCCUCACCACAGUGUUCUUCCCAGCCUCCUGGUGGAUUAUGAAUAAUAACCGAGUCUGA